AUGGAGAAAAAGAUUGAUCUGUGUAAUAAGUGUGGUAAAGCUUUCUUAUAUGCCAAUUAUUUUUGCAGGUAUGAAAACAGUCAUAGUGGAGAGAAACCCUCUGAAGAUAUUCAAUGUGCCUCUGCACAUCACAGUAAUCCCCAUACAUAUAAAAGAAUGUAUACUGGUGAGGAGCUCUAUGAAUGUAACCAAUAUGGUAAACACUGUGCAUAUAAUAGUGAUCUUCAAAAGUAUGAAAGAAUUCAUGUUGGACAGAAACCCCACAAAUAUAAUCAAUGUGAUAAAGCCUUUACAAACAAGAGUUGGCUCCUAAAACAUAAAAGAACCCAUACUGGAGGGAAAUCUCAUAAAUGUACCCAUUGUGGUAAAGCCUUUGCACGUUACAGUACUCUGCUGAUACAUAAAAGAAUUCACACUAGAGAAAAACCUUAUGAAUGUAACCUAUGUGGUAAAGCCUUUGUGUGUAACAGUCAUCUCCUAAAACAUAAAAGGACACAUACUGGAGAGAAACCUCAUGAAUGUAACCAUUGUGGUAAAGCCUAUGCAAAUAAUUGUACUCUAAUACUACAUAAACGAACACAUACUGGAGAGAAACCUUAUGAAUGUUACGAAUGUGGUAAAGCCUUUGCAAUUAACAGUGCUCUCCUAAUACAUAAAAGGAUGCACACUGGGGAGAAACCUUAUGAAUGUAACCUAUGUGGUAAAGUCUUCGUGUGUAGCAGUCAUCUUCUAAUACAUAAAAGGACUCACACUGAAGAGAAACCUUAUCUAUGUAACCAAUGCGGUAAAGCCUUUGCACAUAAGAGUAGUUUCCUAACACAUAAAGGAACACACACUGGAGAGAAACCUUAUCAAUGCAACCAAUGUGGUAAAGCCUUUGUAUGUUACAGUCAUCUCCUAAUAUGUAAAAGAACUCAUACUGGGGAGAAGCCUUAUGAAUGUAACCAAUGUGGUAAACACUUUGCGGAUAAGAGUUCCAGACAUAAUAGAAUUCACACUGGUGAGAAACCUUAUGAAUGUAACCAAUGUGGUAAAGCCUUUACACGUAACAGUGCUCUCCUCAUACAUAAAAGGACUCACACUGGAGAGAAACCUUAUGAAUGUAAACAAUAUGGUAAAGCCUUUGCACAGAACAGUCAUCUGGUAGUACAUAAAAGAACUCACACAAGAGAGAAAUCUUAUGAAUGUAUCCAACAGACACGUUAUGAAUUUAACCAAUGUGAUAAAGCCUUUUCAUGUAAUAGCAAUCUUCUAAGACAAAGGACACAUACUGGAGAGAAACCUUAUGAAUGUAACCAAUGUGGUAAAACUUUUGCUCUUCAGAAUCAUCUUCAAAGUCAAGAAAGAAUUCAUACUGGACAGAAAGACAAUGAGUGUGUUUAG